AUGAUAGUACCAAAUGAUAGCACACCUCCGGCGAGUCAGGUGAACUCGGUUGUCAUGACUUUGCGAGAAAACAAAUCAGAAUGGCUAAUAUAUCCACAAUCUAAUUACGAAUUUAACAUUGAUGAAAAGCUGAAAAAUAAAUUUAUUUUAGAUACUGAAAAAUGUAAAAAGCGCAUAAGUUCAUAUAAUAAGAAUGGAAUUAGGAAUUCAGCACUAGCCAUAAUAUUAUGUCAUAGAUAUGACUAUCCCCAUUUACUACUUUUGCAAAAUUUAGAAAAUCAAUCAUACUACUUAUUAAGUGGAAAAUAUAAAUCUUGGGAAAAACCAAAGGAAGUUUUAAAAAAAAAAUUACAAAAGUAUGUUAACACAAAUAAGGAUAUGCAUUUUGCAACAACAACAAGCCAAUUAAAUGAUGAACAAGAUGAACGUGAAGAAACUAUCGAAGUUGGAGAAUUUUUAGGUGAAUGGUGGAGAACUCAAUUUAAUUCUGUUUAUCUACCAUAUCUACCUGCUCAUAUAACAAGGCCAAAAGAAUAUAUACGAUUGUAUCAAGUUACUAUAACAUCUAAAUGUAUUUUUCAUCUACCACCAGGAUUCACACUUAAAGCAUUACCACUUUUUGAUCUCACCACUUGUGGAAUUGCAAUCGGUGGACUUACUAGUAUACUUUCCAGAUUUAAGUUGCACUGCAUGGUGCAGGAAGAAGACCAGCAAGAUGUGUAA